GGUAAGCUGCAGGGCGAUCAGCGGCACUGCAGGGAUUGAUUGAUGUUGCUACGUCAGGGGUUCAGGGGUCGUUUUUGGCGACUCAGACCCAUGGAAACGCGUCCAAGCAGUCCCAAUCCUCAGUAAUGCGCAACGCCUAUUCGUGAUGUGUCAACGUCGCCAACUUGAAUGAACAUAUAAAUCCCUGCAUUCGGCAUUACCAAAUCGUAUUUUCCUAGCAUGCCAAAUUCCAGCCACAAAUCGUGCUGACGUCCAUGUUGCGCCCGGACCUCGGAAAACAACAGCCAACGACCCAACCGACAGCUUGGAGCAGUCGCGCUCUCGAGUUGGGGAACGCGUUUCGAUUUUGAUUUCGCGUCCUCGAACUCAACAAUCACCAAACAGGAAGCCCGCGCCGAGCCCUUGAACUGGCAUUGCACCAGCGACGAUGUCUCGGUCUCUGGAGCCAACCCUCCUUUCGCUCCUACCCACAUUUCCGUCCUCGAGUUCUCUUCCCCGUGAACUUCUCGAGCUCGCGUCAUCGCUCCUAGCCCAAUCCCGCCACAACGCUAGCACUCUCAAAGCCGAAGAAGAAGUUAGCCGCCUGUAUGCCUGCGCACACAUUGCCUGCGAGCGCCUGAAGAUUUCGCUUGAUCUGCCGCCCAUUCAACCCCGACCGCCUGUUCCGCCACGUAUCUACAAGCGGCUGUACAAUCAUCUAGACCGUGUGUUGAUUGCUCCAUCAGCAAAAGUGAGGACGCCAAUUUCGAAGGCGAGGGACGGCGGUGCUGGUGGUCUAUUCGGGAGUGCAAGUACACAAAGGGUCAAGGAGAGGAAGACUCCAAGUAAAGAUGUGUCGCUUGCACAGUUUAGAUCGCCUGAGAAAGGGGACGUCACGCCCACCAAGUCCACAUCUACCGCUAAGAAGCGAAAGGCGCCGACAGCGUCGGACAAUCCGCUUCCAACAUGGAUACGGCCUACCAUCAAGUCAAUCUGUACACAGCUUGACAGUGACAGAAUUGGCCGUACCGUUCUAGCUGGCAUGCAGACCAUUGUGGCACCGUCCAAUCAGCGCACCAAGGAUGACUGGGUCAACGCGCAUCUAACGUCACUGCUGGCAGCAGUCUAUUUCCUGGUCGUGACGAAGGUGGUUAUUCUCGAGACGGGGAAGGAGUUCGACUCUAAGCAGUAUACGAAGUUACGAAGGAAGAUCCUAGCGGCUCUCGAGCAGGCCCACUCCGAGGUCGACGACUAUAGCUGGGAUGGCUGGAGCGACAUUGGGACCAAGGAUGUCGAUGGGGCUGUCAAUAAGGUCGUUGAAAGUACGUGGCAGGACGAGGAAUGGUUUACGGGAAUCCAGGACAUGGUUCACAGCCAAAACCCUACGAAUCGUGACGGAGCGGAUGUCGAUGGAACGAACGAAGGUCAAGAUUGCGCUGCAGGGGAGCGAGCUCUCACGCAACGAGGUGAUACCAUGUUCCAGAGCCGAUGGGUCAUGACAGACCGGAAGCGGGAAGAGUAUCGCCUUUGGAAAGAGGAUAUCAUGAAGAGGAUAGAAGACAUGGAGAAUGCGAAGAGCGGGGAGAUGGAUGCUGAUGUUGUGGCUUGAGCAAUUGUGUUUUGAAAGGCGUCGUGGAUGAGAUACCCCUUUGCACUUGGCGCGCUAAAGAAAUUGCGCGUCCACGUUCAGACAAUUAUUGUUCUGUUCUGCUCUAACUCUAGGUCAACAACUACAUUCUGCCACUUCUUAGACGUGAUUAUCCCGCUAUACCAGGACAUUCCAUACUAAUAUUCAUCAAUGGGGUUUCCCAGGAAAGUGAAUCAAUGGAAGAUGUCAUUGAAUGGGAAGCGGCUACCACUAAUACUUAAACCGAUCUCGACCCGAGGUUCAAUUACACGACUAACCAUAUAAAUCAGCAGUUGGUAGAUAUCCCAGCUUGUCCGGUCUGUCUGAUCACCACUGCACUUGUGUCGUUUCUGAACCCGCUGUAUUUUCUCAACGAUAGUAUCUGUAGCCC